AUAAUCGGGGAAAUAUAGAAUACAAGAGCCCAAGAGAUGCAGCAUCUAUAGACCAAGUUGGUGGAAAAGAGCUGCAGGUUUUAUGACGAUUAUUAUUCGUUAUUAACUUCAGUCCAACUUGAAAUGUGAUAUAAAUUAUUCGAAAUUUUGCCGCUCUUGUACAGUCGAUCGCAUUCCAAGUUACGACAUGUCAAAAUGACAGAUGUCUUGCAUCUAGACGAAUUACCGUCUGACGUUUUGUUGUUAAUAUUCGACUUUUGCCAUGCAUUCGACCUCGUACGUCUUAGUGAAGUUUGUACACGAUUUCAUGGGAUUAUUAAGAACGAUGUGUGUUGGAUUAAAAAGAGUAAACAGGCACUGGUGACAAAUCAGUCGUCAAAAAGAUUCAAAGAUAGAUGCUAUAGUUUACUGCAGCUACGGAACAAGUGGCAUGUAUCACAAAAUUGGAAAGAUGGAAAAUAUUCGAAGCGAACAUACUUGACUCAAAAAACAAAACUAAUGCCAUGGCUACAACUCACAUCAAAUACUCUGUGGUGGGGUGCUGGCACCCAGAUACUCGGCUUUCGGCGUACCGCUCGCUUCAAUCCUAUUGAACCGAUAUUCAAAGUUGAUACAAAUGACUCUGACGUCUGCAGAUUUGUUGUAAAAGAGUGCAUAGUGCUAGGAGGAUUCAGAGAUGGUAGUGUACGCUGUUGGGAUGGACUCACAAAUGAAGAAAUAUUUAAUGCACAAGAUGCUCAUGCCUCUGAUAUAAAUGCCAUUGAUAUGACAUCCGAUGUAAUUAUUACUGGAUCUAGGGAUAGAACUGUCAAGAUUUGGGCAACUAGAAUAUAUAAUAACAGCGUACCUUUGGCAGCUGUGAAUUUGUUGGACAGAAUAUGGUCGUUAGCAGCAGAUCCAACUGGUCUCACAUUCUGCACUGGCUCAGCAGGUAAUAAUAGUAUACCACCGCUUCACAUAUUCGACAUAGAAUGUGGGAAAGAAAUCAGUGAAUUCAGACACCGAUGGAGAAGAGGUGCUGGUAUUUUGGAUAUAAUUUGGAACGAUCCUCAGACUCUACUUACCUGUGGUUAUGAUACAUACAUCAGAAAAUGGGAUAUAAGAACUGGAACUUGUGUGGGUGCUUGGGCGGAUCCAACUGAUGCUACAGUUUAUUGCUUAUCAACGGAUUACAGGUAUACAAUGGUUUCAGGGACACAAUUUAAUGGAGAAUCUGUACUCUGGGAUCAAAGAAAAAAAAAAUUUGUGCAGCUUUAUCAGCACCGCUGUUCAAGUCCAGUUUACAGCAUAUCUUUUGAUAGCUGUUACCUUUAUGGUGCGAUGGACCAGUGUCUGUUCCAAUUGAAAUUCUCUGGUUAUGGAUAUGAAGAAAAGAAUUAUCGUGACUUGUUUUGAUGCAAUAAUUGAAUCUCGUCCUGCCUUCUGCCCUUGCAAGCUCACAUGAAAACCAACCCCACGUGACCAACCCCAUCUUAGUUUUGCGCAUGUUUUUGCGAUGGAAACAAACUGAGUCGCCAUCUCUGGUCGCCAUGAUCCAAUGAACAAAGUGUUCAAUUAGUUGGUUCAUGACAGACCGUGACCAACGAAGGAAGUUUCUGCGAAACGUAGAGCAUAUAGUCAUUUACGAUUCGUUAUAUUGGUAUAGCUCUAUCUCGACUUCCUGUGUAUGGCGAACACCCGAGCAGCGUCGUCCGCGGUGCGAGUACUGCGAGUAGUCAAAAAGUGUUGUCGAGUGGUGUUUGUUCGUAAACCGUCGGUCGUUUAAUGUUGCUCCGUGAGUUUUAGAUAAUUAGUUGAUCUAGGAUACAGUGUACACAUAAAAUGAUUAACAUGGAAA